UCGUCAGUGCCCCGGGUGUGACCGGCGGCGACGGAGCGCUAGGCCUAGGCUCUACGCACGAUCGCGAGGCUUAAGCCCGCGUGUGCCCUUGGGCCCUCCUCGCGGCGCUGGUUUCGGAUCGCCCGUUAUGGGCCGCGCCGCGCGCCGCCGUGAAAGCUGAGCACGCGGCGCGCGCGCGGCGAUGUGCGCGGUGGCAGGAGGGGGGGUCGGUCCCGUGUCCGAGCGGUGUCGCGUUUCUCGAAAGGGGGGGUUUGCCCCGCGACCGCAGCGACGUCGGCGGCACAGCAGCCUCUGCGCGGCGUCUGCUUGUCCCCGGCUUGUGCGUGUGUGUGUGCGGCAGUUAUGUCAGCCGAGCCUUGAACGGGGCCGACCUUGCACGCCUUGGCGGCUCGGAAGCGCCAAGGCGACUCGCCUCGUCAUGGGCGACCAUGUCCCGAGGGCGCGCUCCCAAAAGGGAACGGGCUCGAUCAAGGCCGGCCAGUUUGCCGCACUGUCCUUGUGUAAUGUGGUAUCCUUGGAGGCGCAGUUUCGCGGAGGCCCUCGCGCGCUGCUGCCGCCGCUUCCGCCGCGGAGCUCCCAUGCGGACCGCCUCGGGGACUCCAAGCCAUGAGGCGUCGCAGCGGAGCCGCUGCCUCGUCGUGGUACUGCCUGCCCAGCGGCCUGCAGCCGAUGGUGGCGUGCGGCAUACCGGCCAGCUGUAGCCUUCCCCAGCUCUCACGGGACUGCAUGCCUCUGGAUGAAUUCCAUCCAUUCAUUGAGGCCCUCCUGCCUCAUGUGAAGGCCUUCUCGUACACCUGGUUCAACCUCCAGGCGGCCAAGCGCAAGUACUUCAAGAAGCACGAGAAGCGCAUGAGCUUGGACGAGGAGCGCCGCUGCAAGGAAGAGCUUCAGGGCGAGCGUCCAGAGGUGAAACAAAAGUGGGCCUCACGGCUGCUGGGCAAGCUGCGCAAGGACAUCACACAGGAAUGUCGCGAGGACUUUGUGCUGGGCAUCACGGGCAAGCGGCGGGCCGCCUGCGUGCUUAGCAACCCCGACCAGAAGGGCAAGAUGCGACGCAUCGACUGCCUACGACAGGCUGACAAGGUAUGGCGCCUGGACCUGGUGAUGGUGAUCCUGUUCAAGGCAGUGCCCCUGGAGAGCACCGAUGGCGAGCGGCUGGAAAAGGCCCCCGACUGCCACCACCCCGCCCUCUGCGUCAACCCUUUCCACAUCAACGUCUCCGUCCGAGAGCUCGACCUCUACCUCGCAAACUUCAUCCUCAGCCACGAGGCUCUCAGUGGCUUGCGGGAUGCCGUCUGUGAUGGAGAUAAAGAGGAUGAUGCAGGUGAUGCAAGCAGCAUUCUGGCUACCGGCGUGUUCACAUCGGCUGAGCUCUACCGGCUCUCCAAAGCGCGGUGUCUCUCUGAAAUGAAGGAAGAUUUCCUGGAGCGACAAACAAUGGCCUUUGUCUUUGACAGCUCCAGGAGCAGUGGGUCCGUUCUUCAGGCGUCGAACGGGGGCCAGCCAGUCAAACUGGAGCCACCGUACUAUGGCUACGCAUCACCUCAAGAUCCGUCUCCAGCCUUGCAGCCGACUUCGGUGGGGGCGGGACUCUUGCGCGCAGCCAGCCCGAGCGAAGGGGCUCCGCCGCGCUGUAAACGGCUGCGAAGGCUGCCCUCCGCCGAGGAGGACGCGGCUGCGGCUGGCGGAGGAGGCGGACACUUCUACGCAAGCCCCUGGCCAGACGUUGACCAUGGGCACCUGAGCUCCUCGCAUGCCAAAAUAAAGAUGGAAGCCUUCGCCCUGGCCCGAGCCGAACCCAAGCCAACACACCCACGGGUAGCAGGGGGUGCGAGCAGCCCCUUAGGAGGGCCUCCCCUGAGCGGGCCAUCGUACUACCUGCACCCAGCGGGCAAGUACCAGGAGAAUGGCGACACCUUCUCCGACUUUGUCAACCUCGUCUGCCAGGAGGCCCACAACUCUGGCACGCAGGCCAGCCCCGAUGCCGGAGUGCGAGGCAGCCCCUCCAAGCUCCCGCAAUUCUACUCGAGCUCCAUGCUGCCCCCGCCUCCACCAGCCCCCAUGGCACGGCCCGUUGCCAUCAUUCGGUCCGCAGGCCCGAGCAAUCAGCCACAGCCACAGAGUAGCCCACCCAGCGUGGAAGGGGCUCGGCCAGAAGACGGUGGCCCCAAGGAGGACUCGGCCAGCCCCGGCGGUGCCUGCAGCGUUGGGAGUGACUCGGUCGUGACAGCCACAGUUCGGACUUCGUCCAGCCCCUUCCUGGCUCGGUCAACAUCGGAGCACACCUUUGGCCACAUCCACUCACAGGGACAGCUCUUCUCGUACUCGGGUGCGGCGGGGGGAGGCGCCACGCUCUCGUCAACGGUGCUGAGCUCGCCAGGUGCGGGAGGUCUGCUUGCAUCCCCAAGGUCGGCACGAACAACCACGACGCCCACUCCGCUGCCACCGCGCUGGAACCCACCAUUCAUUGCGCUCGACGAAAACAUGGACUACCAGAUGAUGGCGGGCCUGCUUCCCCCUGCCGGGUCCCAGCCCCCACCUGACAACUCACUCAUGGGCCCGCCCCACGACGACGAACGGUUCUUCUCGGUGGCCAGCGGAGAAGCCGAGGAGGCGUCCAAGCCGUCCUGAGCCAUUUGCUCAAGGUGUUUUCCCUUCUUCCCUCGACCCGGGUGCCAAGGCCAGAAAGACAAGACAAGACACGUGGUUUCUCUUGUGAUAGGCAGAGACUCGAUUGUUGUACCAUAGCCCUUUUUAGACAUGCUGCUCUGUAGCUCAUUUUUUCAAAAAAGAGUGACACGAGUAAGGGCCUUUUUUACAAGCUCCACGCUAGAGACAGUUAUAUAUAUAUAUAUAUACACAACGUUAUAGCAUAUUAUACACACAUAUAUACACAUAUUAUAUAUAUACUACAUAUACACAUGCCCGUACACACGAACACACACAAGAUAGGCAAUGGUUCGUCGCAGGGCAGCGUGUGUAGAAACAACGUGCGAGCCUUCUGUUCUUGUGUUAUUUUUUGGUCAUAGCCAGUUUUAGAGGUCGGCACACGUCUUCAGAGUCACAACAACAACUAUGCCUAUGAAACUUUGCUACAAAUCUAUGCAAACCGGGGCCCCAGCCCUUAGGGUAAGGGCGCACCCUGCUCACGUGAGGCAAUAAUUUAGCUCGGCGACAUAUUGUCACUUGUACAUAGAGCCAGCGGUGCCGAGAGAAAGCCCGGUGCGCAUCAUCGUGUUUCUUGUCGCAUCUCGUCCCUUUGCAGUGGGGCGUGGCCAUCUUCUUUUUUCUCGUCUUGUUUUACUGUCAGCUGCACACACACACACACACAUUUGCGCACUUGCGUCUGUAUAUACGGCCAUGUGUACAGCCAGAGCGACAUAAUAUAUAAGUGACAACGCUGGGGACAGCGGGCGGGGCAGGCAAUGCCACCCAGGCCCCCACGGUCCCACGCCGCUUUGUUCAUUUGAUUCGCCGCCGCGCUCUGGCGUCAGGUUAGUUUUGUCAGUGCCUUUUUGCGAAGGGCGGCCUCGUCCUCCGCGGCCGCACAGUGCCAUUGUUUCGCUUGUUGCUCCCCCCCAUUUUUGCCUGCAGAGGGCGCGCUAGUACAAAAUAUCCAGAGGGCGCCCCCUGCUUACCCCCCACCCCUCCAAGUUGAGUGUGUGUGCCAAUUUUGUUUCUCGCCGUAGCCUUACGCGAGGGGCGCUUCUCGUGCUCUUCUGCUGUUGAUAUAUGCUAGAUUAGACGUGCCUUUGAAGACGACGCGAGUUCAACGCUGCACGCAAACGUCAGCACUUGACGGGCUUUCUGUUUGUGUCUCGGCGCACUCGUAUGCUCACACUGAUGCCGGUGCGCUCGUUUAAAGAAACAAAGCCCAAAGCCGUUCUGUAGCCUGCUGUUCAACUACAGGAAUCUCUGUAGGGUUUGCUGCCGCUGCUGCUUUUUGCAGUCUUUCUUCCUUUCUUUCUUUUUUUUUAUCUGGGCUUGGUUUUCACUCCCGAUGUAUUUUCUCCUGUGUGUGUGAGUGCAGAGGGAAAUGUACGAGGCUGCACCGUGCUGCAAGGCUUCUUGUGUGGUGGAUACAUGGGGCGCUGUAUGUCAGAAGGAGGUGUGCUUGCAUCAGAGCCGUAGUGAGAGAGGGGAAGCAACAGUUAUUUUUUUCCCGAUGCAUGGCGCAUUGGCUUAAUGACAGCAACUUAUUUCUGUCAGACAAAAGAAAUGCUAUGAUUCUAUGCUUUAUAACUUUAUGUUUGUGGCUUUUAAGCUCUCUUCGUGAAUGAAAUGACAGCUCUGAUAACUGGCUACCCUCAGAUAGAGCUGCUGCAUUUUGUAGGGUGCCCUGUAUUUUUAAGAUUGAAGUCGACUGCACUAGCAUAUAUAAGAGAGCUUGUUUAUAGCUGGUCCUUUUUUUUUUUGACAACCCAUAGCAUUAGAAGUAUGAGUGAGUAUUUUUUUUCUUUCUUCUCAUCACAACUCGCAGUGCCACAUCAUUCAUCUCGUGGACAAAAUGUAUUGCAGGAUGUUGUACAGGCUUAGUGAUCUCUCAUUUCAUUGUUUUUCUGUAAAAAAAUCUAUUCGCUCGUCUUGUAGCGGCAGUGCUACUUACGCAUCUGUCAUGGUCACUUUCCGAUUGAGAACGAAUUUCUUUUUUUUUACUUAACUUUAAUCGAUUUUAACGAAGCACUGACGAUCAUAAUGAGUUGCGGAAGGCUUAAGUUUCUCAACAGCUUUUUGUUCACACACUUAAUAUUCAUAAAUUUCCGAACAAAAGAAACAGCAGGCUGCACAGAGAACUCGCUUGCACACGUGCACCAUCUCAAUAAACGUCAUAAGCUCUUCGGUGAUUAAAUAACGAAGGUUGCUGGCAUAUCUGGCCCAACCCUUUCUGGCCACAAGAAUGUCAUGCUUCUGUGGCUGCAAAAUUGUCUUCUGCUGCUUACACUUUACAGUACCAAGCCAGUACUUUGGUACCAAGCUGUUAUCCUGGACCCUAUGGUGCCUAUAUGCAGGUGCCAUUCCAGGUUCCUUACUGGUUCCUUGGUACCAUAGCAGAACACGGUCAAGCAUGCACAAACAAGGACAGAGGGAGGAGUAGACAACACAAACACUCAAGCUGUCUACACCUCCUUCUGUCCUUGUUUGUGCACGCUUAACCAUGUUCUGCUUUGCAAAACCAACUCGGCCAAAAGUCGGUGCUCUUGACUUUGGUACCAAGCGGGUACCUAUGUUACCUGUAUGCAGGUGCUUCGAUAGGCAAGUGGUAUUGUUUAUCGCAUGGUUUACAGUAUUGGGAUCACAAAUCACUAUACAUCCUUUGCUCCUUCUAAGCUGAACUGACUUCAUUUGGAUGCACCAAAAUCUGGAAGCACGACUGGAAGCCUUUUCAUGUUGAGUUGACGUUGUUAGGAGGCAUUAAAAUCUAUAGAUACUACUGGAAGCUCCUCUGAAUUGUACAGACUUUGCUCAGUUACAUUAACGAACUCCAUUUAUCUGUUGAAGCAAACUCAUACUUUCGACUAUGCAUUCAAGUAGCACAAAUUCGAGCGAACAACUCUCAUGCAUGGGGAAACAUGCUUAGAUACUGCGGCCAAUCGCUCGCCAACCAACGUGUUCAUAAUGAGUGUUCGUUGCCAAAGCUGUCCAAGCCAAAACUGCAUCAGACAGGAAGCGCACAAUUAGCAUCGUGCUGCCAGGCGUGUCUUUGUGUAGGCUGUCAAGCAAACACGGAGACUUUUCCUCUACCUGCGGCUCUGGUGCGGGACUGCAUCGAGUUGAACGUACAGUAUGGUCCACUGUUAAAGGAAUCACCCAAUUAGUAGUUGGCUACUUAUUAGUACAGCCAACCUACGGCAUGAGGGCACACAAACUACUUUCUUUAAAUGUGUGUACAUCAGCCUUAUGUGUUCUAUUGGCCUCUUUCUUUCUCUCGAUACAGUAAUAUACUUUUGUAUGAGGUAUAUGGCAUUAUCAUAGCUUUAUGCGUUAGCUUUAAGGGUAACCCUCUGUAUUGGCUCAGUGGCUGCGGCGUUGUGUUGCUGAGCACAAGGUCAUGGGUUUCGUUCCCAGCCACGCUUCAGUGAGGGCGAAAUGCAAAAACGCUUGUGUACCUUAUCUAAGUGCAUGUUAGCUCCGUAAGUCAAAGUUAAUCCGGAAUCCACAACUAUGGUGCACAUCAUAGCCCUUGCUUUCUAGCAAUAAACCCCACGAAUGAAUUAUUCCUCUGAGAGUGGACUGUACUGUACGUGUUGGAGAAGCUAGUGUCUAGCUGCAGGUGUCACUGCCGGGGACAUUUUGCUUAGGAUUUUGCCAGCCUGUUUUUAAUCCCUGAGCAUUGUAGGUUUGUUGGUGCGAUGUGGCCUAAAUGAACUGUGCUUUGCUCGUGCGUGCCGGUGCUUCCAUGCAGUUGAUCUGUGCACGGGGAGACCCUGAAACCUUUUCGCAAGGAAUUUUGUUGCACCGGAGCUACACCUGAGCUGCCCUUGUGACUUGAAAGAUGACCUCCCUCCGACAAUAUUUCUAUGUGCAUUUAAGCCAUUCUAAAUAUCAUUUGUGUUGUUGUUUCAAAAAUAUGCCCGUGAUUCCUUGUAAAUUCCUUAUAUUUUGCACGAAGAAGCAUAUGGAUUUAUCAGACUACAUCCCUUUCAAUAGUCACUGCGAACCUUUAGCACAUAGCUGCAUCUGGCAUGCUGGCUGUAUAGAGUUCAUUUUAUGCCUUACCUCAGAGUUGAGAGGACGCAAGAAUGUGAGUGGAAGGGUUUCAUGCGUCCAGGUUUUGUUCUCACAAGACUGCAGCUCAGCACUGCUUAAGCACCAUCCAGCAGUGAGGCAGUGCGGGCGUGGUUAAAUUCUGUGGUCACGCUGUAUGGUGACACUGACAUUGUAGCCCUCUCAGGGCGACUGCUGCUUGCAUGUUUUCUUCCCACAAGUGUUCUUCGCUGUGCCUCUUUACACCACAAGUGCAGCCCACUUGUAAAUAGGGUGUAACAUUACGGUUUGAGUCGAGUGGUUUCAGGGUGUCCCUCUGAGUAUUGGCAGCUGCCGUGUUUCAUGGCUGCAUUGAAAAAUGUGUUCAGAAUUGGAUGAGUGCUGCAGGCGGUACUAACAGAACUGGAGGGCCGUAGAGUGCCCAUCUCACACACGCGAGACAGAUGUGGUAUGGGUAUAUACCACAAGUGCACAGUGUAAUGGCCUCAUUGAAAGCAGCGGACUAGUUGCGUAGACUUUCUUGGCAUUGCACAAGUGCUUUAGGUUAGUGCCACCAUGCACAGCAAGCAGGAACACAUUCGUGUAAACCUCUUGACAGUUUUCAGGAUAGGUGUGUGCCCAUUUAUCGUUGGGGCUCAGUCUGGUCACAACGCCAGUCAAGCGUGCCGAGAGCGCACCUGCCUGAACACGAAGUGGUCGUCUUCCGUCACACUGUUCGAAACAUUCGUGAUGGUCUCCCAUUCGAGUUUUGGCACUAUGUCCCUGUUUUUCUAUAGUUUCUCUGACUCUAUGCACAUUAGCGCUUGUAGCACUUAUGCUGAAUGACAGUAUGUGUUCAAAGACUGCUUCUCAAAUUAUAAGGCUGCAUGAAAUUGUCUUAGAUUGAAACUAAGCAAAGUCGAAUUAUCUCUCAUUCAAAGGGAAAGAAAGUGCUGUUAGCAGUCUCUCUUUAGAUGGCUGCACCUUGGUCUCGUUGAGUGACAGAACUUUUAUGAAAGAAGUUUUUGAAAAAAUACAUUGGUGUCGUUCAGCAGGCAAAUACAGUCGACCUCUCGAACCUCGAUAUAGCGAUCACAGAUGUAAAGAAUUGAGAUGUAACAAUGUAAAUGGAAAAUUUUUCUGGCCACUAUUGGCAAGUAAUGAAUAUGUGCUUAUAACAAAUGCCAGAUAUAACGAAGGUAAUUUCGUGCUGAAUGCAACUUUAUUGUAACGAGUUUCGAUUGCAUAGCAAGCACUCGUGCAGUGCUUGUUGCGUGUUUCCCUCAGCAAGCUCGGCUGGCUCUGCGUGUGGCAACUUGAAAGAUAGAUUUUCAUGCAAAAAUAAUUAAUACCUGUGAUGAGGGUUAGGAAAACAGCAUGGCUAGUAUGUUAGAUUCUGCAAUGCCCUUGAAGAACACUGUGACCUACCUUUAUCUAUGCUACAAAGAACAAGCAAAGUCUUGGGAUAAUAUUUUGAGGGGCAGUCAUACUUGCAAGCUGUCAUGAGUGUGCGCAGUGUAAUGGUGACCAGGCACCCAGUAGGUUACAUAUACAACUAUCAUAUAAUGAAUUGUCAAGUGCAGUUUGCAAGGUCUGUCAUCAUUGUGAUGAUCUGGCUUGCCCUAGUGUGGUCUUGCAGCCAAUUAAAGGAUGCUAACAAGAAACCCAUAGAUGCCAGUCAAUGACAGCAACCAUUUUAUUUAAAAGUCUGAUAUCAAUUCCGUUGUGCUGUCAGGUCUCUGCUCUCAUUUCAUUGUGCCUAAAAAAUACAGAUAUUGAAAGCGCCUGUUGUUCAUCUCUCCACUUUGUUCUAGGUUAGGUUAGAAUGUGAUUCAUAUCAAUAUUCGUUUGGUGUCAAUUUACAUUCAGUAAAAGAAUGUGGAUGCAGAAAGUUACAUGUGAGGAAAUGGAAGCUGGUUUUGCCACAUCACUUUUUCUUUCUGUUUAUUGUCCAUCGCAUUUGUAUGCGGGCUUCAGAAAAUGGCUCACGUGAUUUGUCAAACCUUUUGUCGCCAUCAGGUUUUGUUAGGAUAGAAAAUUAUUCUCGAAUGAAGGGAUAAAACUGUCAGUAUAGGUCAAUUUCUUAUAUACUAAUGCAUAAUGCAGCUUGACACAAGUUUUUAAUUUAGGUGACAUGAUGAUUGCAACAUGACGCUGUGAAGAAGGCUGAUGCCAGAGGUAGAAGUCUGCAUUAUUAAAUGGUAUUAAAACAGCUAAACAAAUGCUGUGACGAUCAUGUGUGCCCGCUGUUCUCAAACAUUAUGGAAAACAUGCAUGCGAUGUCCAUGUUUGGACUGAAUGUCCAAAUUAGCUGGUUAUGUGCACCUGGCUCCAUGUUUUAAGUAUCAUCGUGUUACUGUUCUUGAUACACAGAAUUACACAAGUGGCAUGCUCUUGCACUAAUCAUACAACAGCAUUGAACUUACACAAAUUGUGCAAUGCUCUUGCACAGUUUGUGCAAGAACAUGACACCUGCACAAUGUGCAAUUGCACCAAGACAAGAUGGCAAUGUUUGUGUGCCUACUACCCCAUUUUUUCCAGUUGAACCAUUUCAGUAACACUCAAUGCUAGCAGCUGGGCUCAAUGAAUUCCUGCACACAUGUCACAUAGCAUUUGGUGGAUUUGCUGUAUGCCAUUGUUUAACUCUUGCUUUUUGUCCUGAUCGUGAUCAGUGAUAGCCCUGAGCUUGGUAGUAGUCAGUAGGUGUUUGAUUACCAUUAACCUAAUGUACCUCUGUCGAACAUGGGUGUCCUGGUCUCUGUAGGCUGCGUGGGCUCGCUAGAAAGAUGAACAGAAACAUUUUCAAGGGCAAGCUAGGUUAUACAAUAAAAGUGUUGGUUAUGCAGUCAAAUGUUUUUGUUGACAGAUUAAGUUUUAUUUGUUGGUUAGUAUGUAAAGAAAGUUUGGCAGAAUCUUGAAGGUCUCUCGCUGUUAAGAUGAUCUUGUUUGUUUCUGCAAGCUGGCCACAGGCACAGUUGCAGCUGGAAGCAAUCAAAACGUCAGCGCACACAGUGUCGCAGCAGCCAGUGUUUCUGCUCUGCGAGCAGCUGCUCGACGGCCCCGAACGUCCGGUGGUGGAGUUAUUGUUGAGGGUUCUAGUCAAGCAUCCUUGGAGAGCGAGAGAGAGAGAAAGGGCCGACGGGGCUGGAGCGAGGCACAGCAAUGCAGGCGCACACCGCCACCACCCCGCACGCGGGUCUCUAUUUGUUGAGUUUUGUUUGUUUGCUCCCCCGACAUGUUCUUUUUUUUCUUUGUUGUCUUUUUCCAGCAGUUUUUGACUGGAUUUUGUACCUGUUGCUGUUGAGAUAGCCAAUAAAACCUUUUUGCAUCUCCAUGGA